UAUAGCUCAAAUUCAUAACCUAUGUUACAUGUCAUGCAAUGAAUACGGUAUCUAUACAAUUGAUAACAGGAAAAAAUUGGUUUUAUAUUCAUUCAUUGUAAUCAUUGUAAUGUAAGGACGUGUGCAGUAGCAUAGUAAUAUAGGUAUACUCAUGCGCAUUGGAUAUAGAUACAUUUGUCGAUCUAUACGAGCAUUUUCUGUCAAUUCGAAUCAUCCAGCGGAGCAGUUAACAUGAGCAGCAAGUAUUAUGGUAAAGUCAGAUCGAAAACCAAAAUCACUCCAGCAGAAAGCAAGAAGAGGAUGACACACUGGAAAAGACGGUCAAUUACAUCGGUUUGCUUAGGCCUAUUGGCACUGGUUUUAUGUUUUUCGCUGUAUAACAUUUUCGAAAGACAUACGCAGAAAACAGAGUCGCCAAUACAAGCAUUUCGACGGCAGAAAAUAAACAAACUUUUGGAUAUUGUGCGUGAAAUGCAUCGCCAAGUGUUUUCAAACGACUUUAUGGCAAAUUAUAAAGAAUAUAUUAUCAGAAAUGCAUCACAAAUAAACGCUUUGAAAAAUAAUAAAAACGCAUCGCAACGCGUCGUCUCUAAAAAUAGUGAAGAAUACGAUCACAACAACGAAAAAAAAAAUUCAAGUUUCAAAUACUUACGGCUAGAGUGUUGGAGUUUUGAUAAUGAUUUGCUGAAUACCCUUAAAAAAAAACAAGAUGUAAAUAAAAUAGAAAAAACAGAAACAAUUGAAUUAUUCUAUCGUAAUCAGAUUAAGAACAGAACAAAUAUACGAAACGCCAUUCCAGAUAACUUGCGUUGGCAGCCUAAGGAAGAUAUAUCGAAGAAAAUGCUAAAACCAAACGAAUUCUACGGACGUGAUAUUUCGUACUCCAAAGUAGAUUGCAAUACUUCUUUAAGAAACACUUUGAAACUCAGCACAGUCUUCCAGGAUCGUUAUAUAGCUGACGUUCCAAUUCUUAUUUAUCAUUCCAUGUUCAGCCCGCGGGAAUACUACCAAAGGAGAGAAUAUCAACCACCUUUCGGUUGGAAAAAUGCUAGUUACGAAGAUCUUUAUCGGACUGUGAAGCUUCUUCGUAGCAAGGCACAUCGCAGCCUUUUUGAUCACCGGACGGGAGAUGGAGGAGGCAAAAGUGAUUGCAGACGAUGUGCUGUCGUAGGCAAACUUACAUCUUUGCUGAAGUCGAGAGCUGGCUCGAUGAUUGACUCGUAUGCUAAUGUAUUCAGGGGAAAUGUUGCAGUAACUGAAGGCUUUGAGGAAGACGUCGGGAAAAGAACAACUCAUUAUUUUUACACUUUCUCGUCACUAAUAGAAUCCAAGCGAAUUUCGGCCAAAUACGGUCUCCAGUUUAUUGAUGCCCUCGCGAAGAAGAACGUAAAAUAUAUUUCAUCAGACACUGACGAAUCAACCUAUAAGUAUUUGCAUAGGCUUUUGACGAACCAACAUGCAUCCCAGCUAGAUAAUAUAGACCCAAGAGGAAGGCGACCACUUUUACUUCCAAGGAAUAUGUCAGCUUCAUUCAGGCUUCUUCAUCCAGAUUUGCUGCGGUACGUCACAGACAGAUGGAUUAAUGUUACAAGUGUUUCUGGUGGUACAUUGGAUCUAGAGCUAACCAUGCUAUUUGUGGCACUACAUACGUGUGACGAAGUGGCUCUGUUUGGUCUAGGAAGAAGAUCGCAGAGAAUCAAAAGAAAUGCUCCCAGAACAAGGAAUUUACGAAUUGAAGAUAAACAAGAUGACGCGAAAACUAAACUUCUUAAUCAACUUAAUGAUAAUGGAAUAAUACACUGGUACAGCUGAAAAUCAUUAACUAUGAUACUAAACUUUUGCAGGUUAUACGUCAAAAUAAUGUUUUAAAUGAACAUACUGUAUUUGGAUCGGAAAGCCUACCAAAGUGAUUAGAAUAAGGACAUAUGGUGGCAGCGUAGUCCGAUGUGAAAUGCAGCCUAAGCUGUAGUAAGACUAAAAAAAAUAUUUAAGCAUGGGACUUCGGGGUGGUAACGAAUAAUAGGCCAAUGCUACUAAAUAGGCCUAAAACAAUGAUUAGUAAUAGUAUAAUUAAUAAUUAGUAUAACUGCAUACAUUGUACUAGGGGAAAAUGAUUAUACUUAAGUUAGAUUUAUUGCAUUCAAAAAUUUCCUUCGGGCCUUGCAGCCCCAAGGAAUUUUUUUCUAGCAUUAAAUCUAACCUUCGUAUAAUAAAUUGCCGCAGUGUUCUAUGCGCAUCUAUACUAAUUGUUUAUUAAUGUUAUUUCAUCUUUCAUCUCAGCACCUUACUUUCCACGAUUAAACAUUCGCGCUCUUUAACAACUAAAUUUCAUGACGCAAACAUCGAAAUGACAAUCAAGAAAUAACAAGAAACAACCACAAACGUCUAUUAAAUGGUUUACUUACAAGAAUGUUUCCAUGCUCAUACAUCACAGAAACCAGAUGAAAUUAUGAGCUUAACAAUCAAGAAGUCUAAGCAAAAUUGGUCCAAACUUAAUGGACAAUUGUAAACGACGUACGCAUGAGCGCAUAGUCUCAGUA